CAGAAAAGGGGGAGUACCUGAUUCCAGUCUCGCCCGCUGUGGGCUUAAGAGGAAAAGGGAACAUCUCUACUGGUACGAAGGCAGCAAACAGCCAAUGUGCCUCAACUAUAGGAACUAUACAACGACUGCCCUGCUGGGUGCUCUGGCUCUGCUUACUUCUACCAUGACAUAGCCUGCUCUUCUCCCAGGGAGACUAACCCACUAAGGGAACAGACAUGCACGGUGGGCACUACCAGGGAUCUAUGCUGCUGUCAGGUCCUGUUCAUCAGUGAUUUACCACGGAGGAACCAUGGUGAGCAAGGCGGAGGGAGAUAAAAGCAUGCUCACCAACUCCGAGUCGGACUCAGAGGUGGCGCCCACCCCCUCCCCUUCCGCCUCGCAGGCCUUGGAGGUCAAAUACUCCUUCCUGGACACCAGCAGCAGGUCACAGCAGCAGGUACGGAAGAGAAACAAGGCCCUCCAGGUGAGAUUCAAGGACAUCUGCGAGGCGCAGAACGAGCAGAGAGAGGCCGCUCUACAGAUGGCCGGGAAGGGGGGCAAGCCAGGCUCCUACAAGGUGGUGUACCGCAAAUACAUGACCGUGCCCGCUCGGCGCUCCAUCCCCAACGUCACCAAGAGCACAGGGGUCCAGACCUCCCCGGACCUCAGGAGCCGUUACAAGACCUUUCCCAUGGAGAGGAAGAAGGGCCACAGCCACACCAAGCAUGUGGAGAGAGACAAGGGCCACAGCCACACCAAGCAAGUGGAGAGAGACAAGGGCCACAACAAUGGGUUUGUCAUCGACGUCAAGCACUCCAGAGCUGUGGAGCGUUUUGGGGACAGGGGAGCCUGCGGUGGAGGAGGAGGAGGAGGAGUACAGAGAACCAGAGCUGUGGAGCGUUUAGAGGACAGGGGAGCCUGCGGUGGAGGAGGAGGAGGAGUACAGAGAACCAGAGCCUUGUUGCAUACUACGGAGUGCAUGGCUACGGUGGAGAAGCACUGUACAGACGACGUCCUCUACUCUGACUGUCUGAUGCUCACAGACGGCCCCUCUCCCUCCAACACACCCGACUCCAACCCACAGGCCACCGACUACCAGAUCUGCAGUGUCGACUCCAACCCACAGGCCACCGACUACCAGAUCUGCAGCAUCGACUCCAACCCACAGGCCACCGACUACCAGAUCUGCAGCAUCGAAUCAAACCCCCUGGAAGGAUUAGAACACAGGGAACUGGACUCCUCGGACCGUCCGGCCGGUAAACGGCAGCUGCUCCACUCGGAGGAGCCAGGCUCUAGCAGGACUCUGCCGGGGGACAUGAGAGGGUCUUCCUCAGUCUCCAAGGUGACCGGCCCCAUCUCCUGGAACUCUCUGACCCAGGUGGAGUGUCUGGAGAGCCCGACAGCACGGAGCAAACGAAUGAAGGGACUGGAGCUCAAUGGACUACAGUCUCAGACUCUCCCGCGGGCCGCUGGCUGCACUACUCAGGCACAGUGUCAUGAACCGGCAACGUUCUCAUCACAGACGUUCUCAUCACAGACGUUCUCGGCCCGGACCACGGGGAGCGACUGCGGGGGAGUUAACCCCGGAGGGGCCUGUAAGCAGAUAGUACCGGUACUGACUCAGAAAGGGGAGGGAGGAGAGGACGUGAAAUCACAGCUUCAGGCCAUGGAGAACCUGAUCUCCUCCAGCCAGGAGACCAUCAAGGUCCUACUGGGAGUUAUACAGGAGCUGGAGAAGGGAGAGGCCCACAGAGAGGGCCUCUCCUAUCGAACCGGACAGGACACGGCCAACUGUGACACGUGUCGGAACAGCGCAUGCAUAAUUUACAGUGUGGAGCUGGACUUCAAACAGCAGGAAGACAAGCUGCAUCCCCUGAUGAAGAGGCUGUGUCCUUUAGAGGACCCACACUUCUCUCUGCCUUACCCCCCUGAGGCCUUCACCUCCACCCCUAAACGCAAGGCCAAGGCCGACUCCAAGAAGCACGCCCGAUGGAAACUCUGGUUCCUCUGAGACAGGAAUUAAUAUCCAAAAACCCCAAACGUCGUCGUCUUAGGUCAGACAGAGCAACAAGUUGAGGACUCCGUCUGCACUGCGGGAUGAGGGACGAGCAUCGGAGUGACGUCACCUAUUGGAUUUACGGAAGACAAAGGCCCGAACUCCGAUUCAGCAGGAUAUCUUUGAUUUAUCCAUCUAUCAAUUCAUUCAUCUUUUGGAUCACAACAAAAAAACAGAAUCCCAAUGAAAGGUUUUUCAUGGCCUGGUAACCUCAAUCUGUCUGAAACUGGUGAGCCCUUCUAAUAAUGACGAUAGUGGAUAUUAUUGAACUGGGUUUUUGGUUUUGGAAAGAGCGGCAGGAUCUGUAAAAAGAGAAACAUAAAGUAUGGACCCCCCCCCCCCCCCACACAGAGAGUUUGAAUAUUUAGUCACUGUUUUCCGCCCCCAAAACGAUCUAAUUUCCCGAAGCAGAGGAUUAUUAAAUUACACCGCGGCAACUUAUUUUCAGAUGAACAAGGUGACAAGCUGAAAUAGGAUGUCCUCUACCCUCACAUUUACAUCUAUUUAUUGUGUAGCUCUACGGAGUCUAUGGGAGUUUGAAUUCAAUGACAUGAUUUAUCGGUUCGUUCAGCAACAACCGUCUCUCUCCAUCUCCCUCGAGACUGAGUCUUUAAUGUGUUGUAUAUUGUAUCUCUUUGACAUUGCUUGGAGGUAUGGAGAGGAAGUGGACAGUUCUCAAGCAUGGCGUUCCUUUCUCCGUGCUCUGACAACUACAUCAACGGCAUAUCAGCAUAUCGGCUAAAGCACAACGUACUUAACAACUAUGUUCAGGAAGACUUUUCUCCACAGUGACUCAAAAAAAAACACAAAAAAAAGACUAUUUUGACAAUAAUCAUCAUGAAUAAUGUAUUAGGAUCGUCGAACAGCAAAGGAGAGAAUGAAGACAUCACGGAUCAGAACAACUGAAACGGACCCAGGACGACGCGUCUCGAAGGAGAUGUACAUGAUGUGCAUGUAACUGCCAGAAUAAAAGGAAACACUCGGAGUAAAUUAGGAUUCUGCUGGUUCUGUUAUGGGAUGGUUUUAGGUCCAGUCAGCCCCUUAGAGAGCAGGGUAAACACCAGUAAACACACAGCCAAUCAACCAAUGGGGAAGCGUUUCUAUCCUCAUAGGAGUAGAUGACAAUACCACCCCCCACACACACAGGGAACGUGCUGUCACUGAAUGGCUUUUCCACCCCCGUCAACAAAACACCAAAUGAUGGAGUUUUUCAUCACAUCCCUGGAAGAGAGUUUCAGCCCCUUGUAGAAUCUCUACCAAUGUGGAUUGAAGCUGUUCUGGCUGCUGGUGGCCCAACACCCAAUUAAGACACUUUCAUGUUGGUGUUUCCUUUAUUUUGGCAGUUACAUACCUCUUUGCAUAAAUUGCCUUUUGACAUUAAACGAUGACUUACAAAAAACUUUUUUUUUUUUUAUAUAAACAUUUGCAAAGUUUGGAGGCAUCUCAAUGUACUUUUCUUUUCUACACGGGGAUAUAUGAAGUUAUAUAUCAGUUGGUUUUGUUGUGUUCCCAAAACACUGCUGUGAAAGGGAAUGUCCAGUCCUAAUGGGGAAAAUACAACACAAAGAACCUUAAUGGAUUCACUACGUUCUACUGCUGAUCUUCUAUUUGUCGAGGAACAAAAGGACACACACAUUUCUUGUAGACAAAGGUUUUUUUUCUCUCUCUCUCUCUCUCAUGCGCUAGCUAGCUGCAAGCUAACACACACAACCUCUGAUGCAUUCUCUUAGAACCCAGGAUGUGUGUGUCAGUUCUCUCACCUAGCAUUAAACUCCUAUACAGCACACACACAGACACCGACACACACAUAGACACCGACACACAGAGACACACAGAGACACACAGAGACACACACCGAUCCCUGGUCAGGGAGGUAUAUUAGGUUGUAUAACACCAGUAUCAUGCUACGUCAGACUAAAGAGUGAAUCCUAACUUCCAGGUAAAUGUUGACCUAGUCACACAGGGACAAAUGGGAGACGACUGUAAAGGAGCAUUUGACUUAAGUGGAAGUCAGAAUGCCUUCCUGAAAGCAAAGCCAAGAGGCCUGAAGGAGCCAUUGAGGUAUACAGCAUAACUACAGUACUGAAUACAGCCAGUCUGUAGCCUUGGUGCAGUACUGAAUACAGCCAGUCUGUAGCCUUGGUGCAGUACUGAAUACAGCCAGUCUGUAGCCUUGG